UAUAUAGUGAGUGUUUGACUACGUUUCAUAGUAAAAUUUGAUAAUGCAUUUUUUGUUUUCAAAGUGAAAACUGAUAUUUCAAAAUUGAAGUUAUAUUUAGUUGAUCAUGCAUACAAAUUAGAGUUGUUUUUAAAUUUUUGUGAGUACUUUCAAGCGAAAAAACGUGAAAACCUUCUUUUGAUGGUUUUCAAUUCUUGAAAAUUCCGAAAUUCAACUUAGAAUUUGAAUUUCAAAAAUUUAUGGCCAAACGUUUUUUGAGAAGUUAACUCCAAAAAAAAGUGAAAGAUGUUCAUGGUCAAAUGCCUCCAUAAUAAAUAUUGAACCCAUUUAUUUUUUUGGUGUUUUUGAUAAAAAUUUUGGCUCUGUCAUAACUCAGUAUCCCUUUAUUUAUUUUCUACUCAUGUUUCUGCAUUUUAUUUUUUAUGUAAUUCUUUUGUUUUUUGGACGUUCAACAGGGCAUGGACAACCAGACCUCUGUUGAUGAAUUUUUUGUUGAUGACUUUCUUGACCUCUCCAAUGGCUUUGGUGAAGAUGAAAUUGAGAAAUUAGAGGAACAACCAAAUGGAAUUCAUAGUCAAAAAACUUGCUCUAGUUCACCACAAAAGUUGUUGGAAAAAAUGGAAGCUGCUGAAAAUGAGGAUUUUGGUUCUUUUCCUGGCAGUGAAUUCAAUUUUCAGGAAAAUGGCUUAGAUAACCUCGAAUGGCUAUCUCAAUUUGUUGAAGAUAAUUCAUGUGUUGGGUACUCACUAAUUGGAAAACUACCAGAGACAGAAAACUCGAUUCAGAUAAAGCCAUGUUUCACCACAACGGUUCAAACAAAGGCAAGAACAAAGCGUGCAAGAACCGGCGGUCGAGUUUGGUCACUACGUUCAGUUACAUUAACCGGUUCAUCCACUUCCUCAGCUUCCUCCUCAUUUUCCUCCACUACAACAACGACAACAGCCGAGUCAAUUAACCGGUUGUCGCCACCGUUUAAGCAGAGGAAGACGAGGGUAGAGAAGUCGGUCCAACCGCGGCGUUGCAGUCACUGUGGGGUUCAGAAAACCCCACAGUGGCGAACCGGACCAAUGGGUGCAAAAACACUUUGUAAUGCAUGUGGAGUCCGGUUCAAGUCCGGUCGGCUCUUACCCGAGUAUCGACCGGCUUGUAGCCCGACAUUUUCGAGAGAGCGACACUCAAACAAUCACAGGAAAGUAUUGGAAAUGCGGCAGAAAAAGGCCGGUUUGGCUCUACCGGUUCAAAGAUUUUGAAGAAUUUAAUAACUUUUAAGAGUAGGUAUUUUGGACAAUUUAGUUUAGUGAAGUAGAAAUUUUAGAGGGAAAACUGAACCGGAGUUAGGCCCGGUUUAUUGUACAUUAGUUCCUACUUCCUAGAAUUUUUUUUUUUUUUUAAAUUGGGGUAGGGGAAGAGGAAUGGGGGAGGGGAUUACAAUGUGGGGAAUCGAACUCUCAUCAAUAAGGUGGAAGUUUAGGUAACCAAUCAACUAAGCUACUAAGAUUCCCCUACUUUCUAGAAUUUGAAUGUGGGAUGAGAGAGUUUUUAAUGUACUUCUCCAUUUCCACCCAAUGAAAAAGAAAUUUAAACUGGUAA